AUGGCGGAAGUCUCAGAUACAGACAGUAUCAAGGACUGGCGUUCGAUCAUCACGCUGAUAGUCUUUGUGCUUGCCAAUAUCGUCGUCCUCUUCCCUUUCCAUAUCCCCGUAUAUAUCCCUCGCGCGUUUGCGAAUAUUGUUCUUCGUGCUCUGUGCGCCUUGAGAGUUAUCGAGCCGCGCAAAUAUGAUCACCAUGACGGCCGCUUCGUUCGUCUCCAGUUUCCGUUCAAUUUCGUGACAGCGCCGUUGAUUGCGGACUUAUUUCUACUGGCGAUAUUGGCGAUUGGACGCAAGGAGGUCCAUGAUGGAACUAUCGAAGCGGACAAUAUCUCGCCGAUUGAUAUCAUGGUCUUUUUCCUGACUCUGGCCUAUAUUGCCAUCUCCAUCGAUGCGUCGGGCCUUAUCCGGUAUCUGGCCUUCAAGGUAUUACAAAAAGGCGGCAAGGUGGGACAUCGGCUGUUUUUCUAUCUGUAUGCCUUCUUCUUCCUCCUGGGCAGUUUCAUUGGCAACGAUCCAAUCAUCCUCUCCGGGACCGCCUUUCUCGCCUACAUGACCCGCGUGUCCAGCAACAUUGUGCACCCUCGAGCGUGGAUCUAUACGCAGUUUGCUGUCGCCAAUAUUGCCUCGGCGAUUCUCGUCACUUCGAAUCCGACAAAUCUCGUUCUUACCAGUGCUUUCCAGAUCAAGUUUAUUGACUAUACAGCGAACAUGAUCGUUCCGGUUGUCAUUACCGCCAUCGUCCUGUUUCCCUUUUUGCUCUACAUCAUUUUUGCCGACGAGUCGCUGAUCCCGUUAGCGAUCAAGAUGCACGAGCUGCCUGAAGAAGCGAGGCUCAAGAAUCCGAUCAAUCCAAAUAUCCCGAACGCACGUGGCGGGGUAGAGGAACAGGAAAAACAGGCGGCAACUAACGGCGAAGAGGUGAAAUUAUUAUCACUCGAGGAGAUUCUGAAUCCGUUUUUAGACAGAAGGGGCGCCGCGUUUGGUGCGGUUAUAAUGGCUGCGACCCUGAUUACCGUCUUGGCUCUCAACGCAGCCAGCCAGGGCCACACGCACCCUGUUUUCUGGGUCACUCUGCCGGCUGCAUUCGUUCUUUUCUGCUGGGAUGUCGCCUACGGCUGGCAACAUCGUCACGAGACGCGCGAGAUUGCGCGCAAAGGCCGGGAAGACAUGGAGCGUACGCGCGCCGCGCGGGCGAGGGCGAUGCGAGAUGAGGAAAUGGGUAGAGAAAAUGGGGAACCGCAGUCUACGGGGGCUUUGCCAAGCCAGCCUGACCAUGAAUCCCACCAUCCCUCGGCAGUCGCUUCCUCCCAACAGUCCCCUAGUGGGACAAGUACUAUGGACGAAAAGCAAGAACUGGGACUCUCGGAUGUCAGUUCUCUAUCGCCCGCCCCAGAGGGCUUGGGCCAGUCGCAGCAAGCGUUGACAGUGCCGCCACUACAGCCCCUAGAUGAACCCCAGUCGACCAAGGGCACGCUAGAAUCAUUCGCAAUUGCCACCUAUCGGUGGCUGCAGGAGACGUUUCCUACGGUGACGGCGGUAGUCUCACAUAUGCCUUUCUCACUUGUUCCGUUUGCGUUUGCUAUGUUCAUCCUCGUACAAGCUCUGGCCACUAAGGGUUGGAUUGAGGUGUUUGCGCACGGGUGGGACCACUGGGUAAACCGAACAGGUACAGUCGGGGCAAUUGGAGGGAUGGGAUUUCUUUCCGUCAUACUUUGCAAUUUUGCCGGCACUAACAUCGGCACGACAAUCCUUCUCUCGCGCGUAGUGCAGACUUGGCAAGCGAUCCAUCGUGACAAUGGCAUACCAAUUAGCGAUCGCACAUUCUGGGCUACUGUUUACAGCAUGGCGCUAGGUGUCAACUACGGCGCCUUUAGCACGGCCUUCAGUGCCUCUCUAGCGGGCCUACUAUGGCGCGAUAUCCUCGCUCGCAAACAUAUCCACGUUCGCAGCCUGGAUUUUGCCAUGGUGAACCUACCUAUCAUUGCAAUUUCCAUGGCGGUUGGCUGCACAAUACUCGUGGGUGAGGUUUAUAUAAUGCGCGAUAACUCCCCGUACGAUUCAUGA